UGCCCCAUCAUUGGUGUCAGUGGGAGGAAUAGUGCCCCAUCAUUGGUGUCAGUGGGAGGAAUAGUGCCCCAUCAUUGUUGUCAGUGGGAGGAAUCAGUGCCCCAUCAUUGGUAUCAGUGGGAGGAAUAGUGCCCCAUCAUUGGUGUCAGUGGAAGUAAUAGUGCCCCAUCAUUGGUGUCAGUGGGAGGAAUAGUGUCCCAUCAUUGGUGUCAGUGGGAGGAAUAGUGCCCCAUCAUUGGUGUCAGUGGCAGG